AGAAUGGGGUCUGACACCCCUUUGGGCACAGCCUGCCCUGACGCAGCGCUGUGGAAUUUGGGUAUGGGUGCCGCCGCUCACCUGAACCAGCUGUGCAACACCUGGCUCAAAUUUCCGCGGCGAAAGUAUGUGGGCUGGUCCAUUGCUAUUCAAAGCAAACCCAGAACUCGAUGUAUGACAGCGCAGUCGUUUUUUUGUGCCUUGAGUCUGUGGUGGGACUGACUGGCACGGUAGUACUCGGGGGUGAAUAAAUCAGAAAGCCUUUGAGGCUUUUGAACGCGGAGGACGCAAAUACAACGGUGGUGAAGGAACCAGUUCUGCGGUGACUUGUCGUCAGCCAUGGCCUCCCAGACCGGCUAUGGCAGCAGCAUGCUGUUCCAGACAAUGAAUGAUGAACUGAGCGCUUCACUUGCCACUGCCGAUGAGCUGUCCCGGGAAUUUAACUCCCUUCUGAAGGAAUGUGCCCCGGACCCAGACACACCACAGACGAUAAGUGAAUCACAUCAAAGGAUUGAGAUCACCCGAGCCAGCCCCCUGCCUGAGUCCUUGGACCAGGAGGGCUCCGGGGGAAGUAGCAGCAGCACUACGAGCUUCUCGUCCUACACACCCAGUGCCAGCACCUACAGGCCUAUCUCUGAGGACUCAACCUUGUCAGAUGCCUCAAAACCCUCACGGUCUCAGCUGUCUUCCACCUCCUCUUACGGGCAGCGAACCCCUCCAAGCCUGUCUCCACACAUGCCGAGACGUCGCAUGGACACAUCAUCCACGACCUCUGGCCACCAUACUCCACCAAAUCGCUCCCCACAUACUCCGCGACGUCAGCUCACUCAGCCGACCUAUGGUCAGGCCACCCCUCCCAACCGGUCCCCCAAUCUCCAGAGGAGACGACCGGCCUCGCAUGGAGGCAUGGUGGGCUAUGACCGCGGCUCUCGAGGGUCUCUGAGCUCCAACCCCGGAACACCUACAACCUUUGACCAGUCUGCUGCUGCCGGUAUGAUGCUGCUGCAGCCUCCAUCCAUGGAGUCGUCCCAUUCGGGCCGUCAGUCUCCACGCAGAAGCCCCUCCCCUCAACCCUUUGGCCAACCAGCUGCUAGCACCCUGCCACGGAACUUCAUACCAUUUAGACCAAUGGAUGAAUCCGUCCAAAGACCAAAGCCCCAGUCAAGCUGGAAUGAAUCAGACUUGGAUGUUACAUACGAACGAAAGCCUCAUCACACUUAUGACAAGACUGAAUGGAUCAGGCCAUCUUUGCCCAAUCGCAACUGGGCAGAGUCUAACCUGGAUGGACCUCCCCCGACAUCCAGAAAGGACUCCCCCAGUCGGCAGUUGCCAUCGCAUCACAGCUCUUUGCCGAGGAACUCUCACAUGCCCUCCGAGCAGCCAAUCAUAUCGCGCGUCUCCAUUCCGCCCCCCUCGGCCAAGGCGCGACAGCAUAGGCCGAUCCCGCUGUCCGUCAUCAUGAGGCUCCAGAACCCGUAUGCCAGGAUGAAUCUCCCGAGGUACGCGGAGCCAGAGAUGGACCCCGCCCUCUUCUUCCAGCACUUCCCCGCCAGAACCCUUCAGCCACAGCAUCCUCAUCCAGCAGACUUCCACCAGCGGCCACCUUACUAUGGCGAAGAGCUGAGGCCGUAUGAGCUGGAGGCUGAGCUGGAGAACCUGGACCCCAUGCUGAUGGGAGGAGGCCCGCACUUCAUGCAGGACGGUCGGCCCUAUUUCCCUGGGCAGGACCCUCACGAGGGGAUGGGGAUCCGAGGAGGGGAGCCCUCUCCGGCGGCGGGGGGCCCGGCUCCACGGCCUCCACGGCCUCUCAGCCCCACGCGGCUGCAGCCCGUUCUGGCCCCACAGAGCCAGAGCCAGAACCAGCCUGUGCCGGCAGUGGAGGAGCUGCUGCGCAUCCGAGCCGAGAUCCCCAGGGCCCUGAAGCGCCGGGGCUCGGUGGAGCAGUCCACGCCACUGAAGAAGAGCCUGGCCAUCCAGCCCAACCAGUACAAGCAGAUGAUCAACAAGCUGUUCAGCAAGAGAGGGCUGCACGGGAAGGGAGACGCAGGGAGCGACUACAGCAGCUCCUCGGACGGAGAGGAAGGGUCGUCGGCCAGCACCACUCCUGUUACACACAUGCCGGGCACCCUGGACCACAAGGCUCAGGGUCUGAACUCCAUCCUGCGGCGUAGUAAGCGUAAGAGUGCGGGGGGUGCCCACCGGCAUGCGCGCCUCAGCCCCCUAGUGCUGCUGCUGGACGGAGCGCUGGUGGGGGAGCUGGACACUGUGCAGAGAGCAGUGCAGGAGAUGAGUAACCCCAGUCAGCCGAAUGAUGAGGGCAUCACCGCUCUGCAUAAUGCCAUCUGCGGCUGCCAUUACCCAGUUGUUGACUUCCUGGUGCGCAUCGGGGCCAACGUCAGUGCACCUGACAGCCAUGGGUGGACUCCACUGCACUGUGCGGCGUCCUGUAACGAUAAGACCCUGUGCGAGUACCUGGUACGCAGCGGGGCGGCGGUGAUGGCCGUGACGGAGAGCGAUUGGGCAACGGCUGCGCAGAAAUGCGACCCCUACGCCCCCGGAUACGAGGAGUGCGAGAAGUUCCUCAGAGGUGUGGAGGAAUCCAUGGGCGUGGAGAACAGCGGCGUGCUGUACGCCCUGUGGGGCUACGCGGCCCAGGCGGCCGACGAGCUCAGCUUCCGGGAGGGAGACAUGGUCACCAUCCUGCAGAAGCCCGAGGCCGUGGACUGGUGGUGGGCCUCGCUCUGCGGCAGAGAGGGCUUCGUGCCCAACAACUAUUUCGGGCUCUUCCCAAAGGUUCGACCCAAGACGCUGUGCUAGACGUCACAUCCUUGGCACUUUAGUGGACUGAGUCACCAUGCAUACAUGACAUCUAGCGAUGGUAGUGCAAGUUAUAUGAAAAUGGUAUUCCAUUUUAGAUGCUUUAUUUUAUUAUACAUGUACAGUUUGCACAUGUCCCAGUGCAACUCAUCGACGCUAGCUACCCACUUAACAAAGAUGUACCAAUUACUGUUGACCUCGGUCUUAGAAAAACAAACAAAACAGAAAAAAACAUUACAGAGCAAUGCGUCGUCAUGGACCAUUUGCUUGGGAAAGUUUAUUUUGUACUGUUCUGGUAUUCACUUAGUACAUCCUUAUCCUAUCAGAUCUAAAACAGGUCAUAACAUGUUAGACCAGCUUAGUGAAGUUGGCGCUUCUUAAACCAGUGUUUUAAACAAUGCUCUUGUGUUGUCCUUGCUUAAAGAGACCUGUCAGCUUUGUUUCAGUCUGAAGAUAUUUAAAUCAUUUUGUCUUUCUUUCUUUCUUUUUUUCAACUUUUGUCUGUACGGUAUGUGUUUAUAUAAAUAUUUUCAGUUGUAUAAAAAUUGUGCACAUUUUACUUUAAAGGCCACCACUGAAAUGCAAAGGGUACGUCUGUACUGUAUGUCAGGCCAGCGCAUUAUCUACCAUAGCAUAAUCUGUGUGUUUGUUGCUGACUUAAGGCAUUCAUGUAACAGGCGUACUUCCACAUGCAGAGACAUGCAUUCCUUUUGCUCUGUAAGCCAGCAACCCUUCAGGCCAAAAAGGCUCGUAAGUCAAGCAGACAGGGCAGGCUUGAGCUGAAGGAAGGGAGUGCUGGCCUGGUUUCCUCAUGUGAUGUAAUAGAGACAGGCAGUGCCAUGGCAGCCAUCAGUGCUCCAACGAUUGUAUUAAAAGGUCCUACAUGUCAGACAUUUGUGACUGACAUUUGUGGCGACUAGGCAUAAACAAAUAGCCCUAAACUGUCACCACAGAUCAUGGGAACAAACGUACGGAACUGAAACACUUAUUUCAAUGACAACAACAAGUGCAUCCAGAACAAAAAUCUCACUUUAAAACUGUUACUAAUAUGCAAACCAUUACAUGUUUUUGAUAUUUUCAUUUGUCUUGUUGUUUGGUUCCAGUAGGAUAACUGCUCUUUGUCGUUACCGGUAUUUAGCGUACAACUCAUUGCAAUCAUUUGACAUUUCACUGGCAUACUAGUUUUGGUUACGAUUCUCCAUGAAGCAUAUUUAAAUAGGGGAAAAGGGCAUCAUACAGCAUGCAGGCUGAAAUGACGUAUAGUAUUUACCAAGGGAUAAAAAAGAGAAAAGUGGACCCUGGUGCUGUGGAUGUAGUCAUGCAUGCAAUAUACCUAAAGAUGGUGUCAAAAAAAAAGUUCAGGUGGGGAUAGUUGGACGAUCCUGCCAGAUUAUGCAAGGCUAUAGCUUCCUAUCUACCAUAGAUGUGAUAUGGCAAAAGGGGAAGGGGCACUACUCUCUGGUGACUGAGUUUCUUGACUCGGUGGCCACCUGCAGAGCUACCUGUACGUGAGGCCUCCUCCAUAUAGUUAGACUUGGCAGAAAUCCUAACCUCUGAAAGUAGUAGUAGGUACUGUUCCAGCUAAUUCAUGACAUUACUUCCUAAACACAAAUCUUUUAGUCAGGUCAAUGAGUGCACCCAUCUGCAUUAUGACAUCAUGAGCACAGACAAAGAGUACACAGACUUGUACUUACCUGAACUGGUUUGUCAACAUCUGAGAAGAGCCCUCUUCAUAUAACGAUUAAUUUGGUCAGGGCCGCUGACAGCUUUCGCUGGGCCCAGGACAAAGUCAUCUGAGACGGCCCCCAACCCAAUACAUACAAUGUACUACAUUGGUCUCAUUAUUAUACUAAUGAAUUCAUGAUCGAAAUUGUGAUUGCAAAUAGAAAAUCCCUUUGUGACUUGUUAAGGACUUGAAAAAAAAUGAGACUUGGACUUGGACUUGACUUGGCUGGGGUACGACUUGGACUUGGACUUGACUUGGUCAGAUGUGUCUUGACUUGUGACUUGACUCGGACUUGAGUGGAAAGACUCGAGACUUACUUGUGACUUGCACAUUAGUGACUUGGUCACACCUCUGCAAUGUAGUGGGGACCCAAUUCUGCGACCCCUAUCUCCCUGGGCCCGGGACUACAUACCCUUUCACUUCAGUUGGCACCCCUUGUCUGUCUCCCUUGUUUGGCAUCCCCUGCUGUGUAUCUCCCAUGAAUGCGUUCAUUCAUUUUACUAAAGUUGCCAAAACCUCACAAGGCAACAUCCACACACCUGUUGGAAGAACGAAUAAAGAAGACACAACUGAAGACUGACAGUGAAAACGUCUUGCAGUGUUUCAUGGUCGUUUUAAUUUUUUUUCAUAUGGCACCAACAUCUUAGUAAUUUCCACAGAGUUCUCUGGAAGGAGCUGACUAACUUUUAAAAUACAUUGUCAUUGUUUUACAGAAUAUGUUUUUGAACCAAAAUUAAUGUAUCAACUCAUUAAAAUGUGUAUUUUGGAUGGGUAUCCAUGAUGAA